AUGUCGGAGAAUGCAGACAUCAAAGCAAUUUUGACAAACCCAAACAUGACAGAUCGCACUAUUGAAUAUUACUUCUUCAAAAAAUGGCUUGGCGAGAGUAUUUUUACGGCCAAUGGUGAUGCAUGGAAACUAAAAACUAAGCAAUAUUAUCCGUUUUUCAAUAUUAAAUUUGUUCAAAAUGCAUUUCCCGUUUUUGAGCAUCACAGUGAAAAUUUAAUUGAGUCUAUGAAAAAUAAUACAGGAAUCGAUUUUGAUAUUUAUCACAAAGUUGAUUCGUUCGCAAUAGAUGUCAUCAUUGAACUUACACUUGGAAUUCGAAAUAAUUCGCACGAAAAUCCUACAAAUUUUCAACAUUAUCUUCAUGAAAAUUCGAAAACUACUGUAUGGCGUAUGUUUCAUCCGGUCUUCAGAUAUGAUUUUUUGUUUUCCUUCACACACAAAUGUAAAGAAGGCCAACGGAUGAUAAAAGAAUUCCGAGCCUACAUCCAAGAGGCAAUUGAAAGAACGAGGAAAAAAGGACUUAUGGAUCAUCGAAAAACCCUGAUCGAUAUUGACUGCAGUAUAAGUCAAAGCACACUUCCAAUGAGUGAUGUAAAAAUACAAGAUAACCUUCUUUCUACUAUAUAUGGUGGAUUUGGCACAAUGUCUUCUUCGGUAUCUUUCCUCACUUUCUGCUUAGCCAAAUAUCCAGAAGUUCAGGAGAAAGUUUAUCAGGAAAUCAAGGAAAAUAUUAAUCCAAAUGAGCCACUUACCAUUCCAACAUUGAACACACUAAAAUACACGAAUUUGGUCAUAAAAGAAGCUCUAAGGAUGUAUACACCUGCCCCUUCAGUACUUCGUUCUAAUUCAGAACCUCUUGAACUAAAUGGAUACACUUAUCCUGCAAACACAUCUUUCGUUCUAAGCCUCUACAAUGCACAUCAUAAUCCCGAAAACUAUGAAGAUCCUGAAGAGUUCUUGCCAGAGAGACAUGAUGUUAGCGAGAACUCAGAAAAUAACAUUCACAAUUUUGUUGCUUUUGCGCCAGGAGCUCGCGGAUGUCGAGGUAACAAAAUUGCAGAAUAUCAGUUGAAAACAUUUGUCGUUAAAAUGUUAAAUUCAUAUAAAAUUGGUUUGAAAGAAGGUUUUGAGCCGGAGCUUUCAUGGGAUAUUAUUCUGAAACCUUACAAUGGAAUAUGGAUCAACUUGAGUGCCCGCAAUUAA